AUGUUUUCAACGUUAAAACAAAUAACAAAUACCAAGCGCCAGAAACUCAAUUCACGCAAGGAUGAUCUUGCAGCGUUCCGUCGACGUAUCCAGGAUCAAAAGGUGGCGUCAUCUGCGGAUCCCAACCUCGUCUUGACUCUCAUCGAGGAGAUGGAGGCGUGGGGGUACAAGUUCCCUGACAACAAUGAAAUUCGGACGUGGAAAGCUUUUCUUCGGCAAUCUGAGUUCGAUCACAACAUCGAUGCGGCAAAGGUCCUCACUUGGGGGGCUUCUCUCUCUAAAAAGCUGCAAGUUCUCGAAAAUCGGUACAAACUUAGCGACGUGUACUGCUCUCUUGUUCUGCAAUGGGUCCUUGAAUCUUCGUCCACUUCGAACAAAGAGACAGCAGAGCAGAGCACGAGAAAGGAGAUGCUCGAGCAGCGCGACAUUUGGGACUCCUACGCGUUUCGGCAGAAAGACGUCGACACGGAUAAGAUCAUGGCGUACCUUGAAACACUUUUUGCACCAGCGUCCGGCGGGACUUCGCUCGACAAGAAGCCGCUCGACAGAGUUCGGGAGUCUCUCUCCAACAGUACGGCAGAUAUGGUUACUAUCAACAUGUCCUCCAUUAGAGAUGCCAUCGACUGUCUAUUGAAGGAAGAUCUUUUUGACGGCGAGAAGCGGAAAAGUCUGGAAUCCUUUCGUGAGAACAGUAUCAUCCUUAAUGAACUUGCUGAUGUGAUACGCUCUGACACGCUCAAAAUCGAAGAUUGGACUUGGAUCGAUCCUCCUGUUGCUCUGCACAUUCGUCGCCAUAUUAACGGCAAGUAUCGUGUGUACAUGGACGAAGACAUUAUUCAAGCUAUCUUUCUUCAUCUUGUAGGAAUGGCAUGGUCUAAAAAAGUACGAGGUCUAUUCGCAGAGCUUUUCUUGAUGCGCUCUGUUUGGAAGAGAUCAGGUUCUGCCACAACCUUGACUAAGAAGGAUAUCAUUCGCCGCAAGAAGUUUUUGGGCUCGUCUCAUGAGAACAAUUCCUUGCACUCAAGCAUGUACCGCCAUCGUGAAAACCUGUAUACCAACAACUAUUUCUUGGCUCAGCUUCCUACCGAUCAGCAUUACGCUGCAUACGAUGAAGACGUGGGCAAAGUCAACAAUGAUAGCAAAGGGGCGGGUGCUAUUAAGCACAAGACACUUCGCUUGAUCACCACAGAGCUCCUGAUUCAACGCGAAUUGCAUGGCGAGUGCACGUACUUCCAAACUGAUUUUAAAUGGUUUGGGCCGUCUAUACCUCAUGCCACGCUCCUCACUGUGAUGCGAUUCUUCCAUAUCCCAUCACCCUGGCUGAAGUUUUUCGAGACGUUUUUGCAGCCUACUGUGAUUUUUGCCAUGGAUGGUGAGCACGCGGCGCCUCGUCGCCGCGUAUGUGGAAUUCCCAUGAGCCAUGUGCUGAGCACCUUUAUGGGAGAACUGCUCCUCUUUGUUCUGGACUUUGCCGUGAAUCAGUCCACCAACGGGCGGAACCUGUAUCGUUUCUUUGAUGACAUCCAUUUCUUUGGUGGCCAGGCUGAUUGUGUUGCGGCCUGGACCACAAUUCAGGAAUAUACACAAGUGAUGGGCCUAGAACUCAACCGUGAGAAAAGUGCUUCCAUUACCUGUGCUAUGCCCGGACAUACAGUCGAGCCAUCGGCCAUAUUGCCCGACGGCGUUGUUCGCUGGGGCUUUUUACAGCUGACAUCUCGAGGCCAAUGGGAGGUUAACAAGGAGGCAUUGUCGGAUAAUAUUCAGGAAAUGACACAUCAGCUGCAGGCGUGCCAAAAUGUCUUCACGUUUGUGCACGCCUACAACACCUAUAUCCGCUUUAUCGCCCACAAUCUCGGCCACAUAGGCUGGGCUCUAGGUCAAGAUCAUGCAAAACUGGUCAUGUCUUCGAUAUCCCACGUACAAUCAGCAGUAUCCUCUCAACUAUCCCGCGGAAAGCAUACCGACAUUGUCUCUUAUCUCCGGGACUGGAUUUGUGAAGCGCUGCAGCUGCGUGAUACAGAUUUCCAUCUCCCAACCGAGUUUUUCUACUUCCCUACUAGCAUGGGCGGCCUCAACAUCCACAACCCGCUCGCAAAAUUCCUCGGGAGUGUCGAUGAGCUCUGGCCUGAUGUUCCCAAGCGUAUCACUGAUACGAUCCAACGAGAACGUGAUACCUAUGAAACUCUCAAGAAGAAAUUUGAUUCGGGCGAAACGCACGACAAUGAGCUGGACGUGGACGAGCCGUUUAUGAGCUACGAAGAGUAUGCCAAAGCCUUCGAAGAGCGGAGUGAACAUCUAGGCUCGCUGUAUGACGACAUGCUAAGCAGCUUUGAGCAUACUCCGCUGCCUCUUUCAAUGCAUGCUGAAGAAAUGGAGACACAGUAUAGCGAGAUCCAUCACCAUCAGCGGCACUCCAAGGCCGAAAACUGGACGCUCGAAAUGUACGGCGCAGACGCCUUUGAGCACUUUGGCGACCUUGAUAUCUGUGAUACCAACUUUUUGCCGCUCGGCCUCGUGGAUCUCCUUCUCAAGGAACGAAUGAGAUGGAAAAAUUAUUUGUUUUUCCUGCAUGGGCGUAAUGGCUGCUGUGUCACGUUUGGUUUUGCCCUCGCUGGCUGGGUCACCCAUAGCUUCUUACAGGCGGACAAUGCAGGCUCGUGGCAAUGGCGUAUUCCUGUCAUUAUCCUGAGUUUGCUGUCGACUCCUGUCGCUGCAUCUGUGUUCAUGUUCCCCGAAUUCUCGAUGGCUCGUGAUGAAGAACCAUAUCAGUACCAACUUUACGCGCAGAAGAACGGGGCCGGUAUUAUUUCCGCCUACUCGUCGCAGAUGAUCAUCAAGAUCCGUCUCACGAAGGACAUUGCUCCCAUUCUCGCUGGUGUGGUGCUGAUCUUCAAGUUCCUUGAGAUUUGUGCCACGCCAUUGAUAGGCCCUGGUCGUCCAGUAGGUGGCUACGCUGCAACGGUGUUUGUGUAUAUUUUCUCCUUCGAAUCUUUGGCGUCCAUUGGCCAGAACUUUUUGUACACGCAAGAAAUUGUGAACACCAGCUACCGUGCGCAGGCAUCCAGUACGGCGCUCAUCUUGUUCUGGGCAACGCAGCUGUGUGUGACGCUGGUGACGCCCAUUGGUCUCGAGCGUCUCGACCGGCAGUUCUACUUUGUUUGGUUCGCUCUUUGCUUGAUCAACAUCCCGCUAGUGUGGUUCUUCUACCCAGAGGCGAAGAACCUCUCUAUGGAAGAGAGAGAGAGAGAGCGUAUUUAG